AUGUUUCGUGCAGCGACAGCUGUUCCGCCACCAGAGCCGUGCACGUCAAAAACCAAAAGCGAGCCUUUUAUUUUACUGGAAGAGCAGAAAUAUGUGGUACCAACAUUUGAUCUGCAACGAAGGCUGGGCAAUGUAUUUGCGCAAUUCAGAUAUCGAAAACUGUUCGAAAAAGAAUUCACCGUGGAGGGUUUUCUUAAUGGUGCAAUACAGGCUGUCAGUGAAUUGCAACUACGAUUUGACCCAUUCGAUGAGGAUUACUUCAAACCACUGAAAUUCUCGAUCAACGAUGUUAUCUGUUCGGUGAUCGAUUCCUCCUAUACGUGCGGCAAAAUGCAACCAGACAGUUCGUUUACUUCAGAAUUCGUCAAAUUUCAGUUUUUUUGA